AUGGAGCGAUUCCUGGAGGCAGCCAGUCGUGUGAAGCCCUUAUCGCGCUGUGAAAUCGGGACGAGCUCGUUGAAGCAGUGUCUGACUCUGUUGGACUUAGUGGCGUAUGGUGUGGGCUGCUCAGUGGGCGCUGGUGCCUACUCUCUCGUGGGUGUGGGUGCGCAGAUCGCAGGACCAAGCAUCUCCCUUUCGUUCCUCGUCAGCGGCAUUGCCUGCAUCUUCACGUCGCUCACGUACUCGGAAUUUGCAGCUCGUGUGCCUGUCACGGGCUCUGCGUACACGUUCGUGUAUAUCAGCUUUGGCGAGUUGGCCGCGUGGCUUAUUGGCUGGAAUCUAACGCUCGGAUAUGGUAUAUCGGCAGCUGGAAUUGCACGGAGUUGGUCUUCAUAUGCACACUUGUUCCUGCAACAUUUGGGUCUUCACCUCCCACGUUGGCUUGUGCAAGCAGAGUUUUUUGGCAUGUCAUGCAGUAUCCUGGCCGCAUUCCUCAUUAUUAUCUGCACGUUCAUCCUUCUCGCUGGAGUCCACGAAUCCGCCAAAUUCAAUGCAUUUGUGACGCUGCUGAAUAUUUCGGUACUGCUCUUCGUGGUAGCAUUUGGAAGCACUGAAGUGGAGACUGCAUACUGGGAACCUUUCAUGCCUACAGGAGUUCACGGCGUUAUGACAGGAGCUGGCGUGGUAUUUUUCGCGUACCUGGGUUUUGAUAUGGUGGCUUGUCUAGCGGAGGAGGUUCAUGAACCCCAGCGCACGUUACCCAAGGGAAUUAUUGGCUCUCUCCUGAUCUCUAUGACGAUCUACGUCGGAGUUUCGCUCGUCGUGACCGGAAUGGCGCCCGUUGACAUACUUGGUAAUGAGGUUCCUCUGGUAAAUGCGUUUACUUUCCACGAUGCGCCGUGGGCUGGACGUAUUGUAUCCUUCGGUUCCAUUUUUGGGCUCACCACUGCUGCGUUCACUUGCCUCAUGGGCCAACCGCGUAUCUUCUACCAGAUGGCUAAGGAUGGUUUGCUGCCAUCAGUAUUCGCCAAUCUACACCAUCGGACUCACGUUCCGGUUGCCAGCACGAUAUUUACUGGUGCGCUGGUCGCUGCUAUUGCGUUCGUCUUUGAUCUCAGCUUCCUGGCCAACGUGAUCUCGUGUGGAACACUACAAGUGUUUACUUUUGUGAAUGCCGGAGUGCUGCUGCUGCGCAUGCGUCCAAGUCUUAGUGGAGCUGGUGUUGUUCACCGCGUUGUGCUGUUCGUGAUAUCCUGCUUUGCGUUGUCGUUGUCUUUCGUAUUCGACCUCCCAUGGACGGUUCAAGGCGUGUUCGCUGCGAUGGUGAUUGCCUCAUUCGUCUUCAUCUAUCGACUGGGGAAACUUGGUGAUCUCACCACUUCAUUCCAAUGCCCAUUGGUGCCAUUUGUGCCAUGUAUGGGCAUUCUAGCCAAUGUGUACAUGGUGGCGAGCAUUCCUGGCGAGGGAUGGAUUGGUGUGCUUAUAUGGCUAGGCGCGGGUCUGAUUGUAUACUUGUGCUACGGAAUCCGCCACAGUCUUUUGAGCGAUCCAACCACCUUACAUCCGCUGAUUUAA